CAAAAAAUAAAAAAUAAAUAAAAAUUGAUCAUCUCAAUAUAAGCAAUAGGAAGUGUGACAAGUAUAGAGCAAUGGAGACUGAGGUGGGUAUAAGGGACUUUGGUGGUUCACUCCCUGUUGAUAAUGUGCAAACACUAGCUUCCAAGAAGCCCAAGGACAUUCCCAACCGGUAUAUUCGGCCGGAGGUUGAGCUUGAUAUAAUUUCCGUUGAUGAGUCUUUACGAAUCCCGGUCAUCGACAUGAGCAAACUUCCCGGUGACACUGAUGAAUUAUCAAAACUUCAUCAUGCAUGUAAAGACUCGGGUUUCUUUCAGUUGAUCAAUCAUGGAGUAUCAGAGGCAAUUGAGAAAAUGAAAGUGGUCACCGAGGAGUUCUUUAAGCUGCCAUUAGAGGAGAAGGUAGCAUAUGCACAGCCACCAAAUAGUAUUGAAGGUUAUGGCCAAGCCUUUGUUGUGUCUGAAGAUCAAAAGCUUGACUGGGGUGACAUGCUCUUCCUUUUACCCCUACCAAUCACCCAGAGAAACAUGAGCCUCUGGCCUAAAACUCCCACUUCUUUCAGAUCAACCUUGGAGAAGUACUCAUCAGAGCUGCACAAAGUAUCAAUCAGCCUUUUCAUGUUGAUGGCUAAAAACCUUGGGAUUGACCCUGAGAAACUCACGAGCAUGUUUGAGGAUUGCACACAAGGGAUAAGAAUGAACUACUAUCCACCUUGUGUGCUUGCAGAUAAUGUCAUGGGUCUCACUCCACAUUCGGAUGCAACCGGACUGACCUUGCUGGUUCAAGUCAAUGAUGUGCAAGGGCUUCAGAUCAAGAAAAACUGUAAGUGGGUACCUGUUAAACCUAUUCCCGGUGCAAUUAUCAUCAACAUUGGUGAUGUUAUGGAGAUAAUGAGCAAUGGAGAAUACAGUAGCAUUGAGCACAGAGCCGUUGUGAACUCGGAGAAAGAGCGCCUUUCCAUUGCUGCAUUUCACAGUCCAAACCUUAGGGCUGUGGUUGGUCCUUUGCCAGAUCUCAUGAAGGAGAAUGGAGCAAAUUAUAAGACAUUGAGCAGUGAGGACUAUAUGAGACUGGUGAUAAGUACCAAACUUGAUGGUAAAAGCCUAGUGGAUCAUAUGAAAAUUAAAUAUGCAUGACUAUCAAAUAAUUUUAAUCUACCAUACUAGCUCAACUUGAUAGAGAUUGUUCCUACUUCAACUUGACAUUCAGCAUGGACUAAUAUACUUCCAGUUUAGCAAAUCCGACAUGGAAUAACUAUCUCAGGAAAUCUUCUGGCUUUCUGGUGUACUUUCUUUAUUGGUGAAAAUUCCAAUAGUUUUUUUUUUAUUUUUCCUUUUUUUGGUAUAACUUCCAAGAUUCAUUUAAAAUUGUAAACAAACAUCCAACAUAUCAUUUAGGAGCACAACAAACUCACAUCUGUCAAUCUUUCCUGUGGCUGCAAUUCUGUUUCUAAAUUGGCAUUUAAUUGUGUUUAUUCCUUUGCCUACAGUGGCUACCAGUGCUCUUUAAGUUUUGUCAGAAAGCGUUCCUUCUACAUCAUCUUCUUAUAAAAAGAUCUUCCUACCAGGAAGAAACUCAGUAGAAAAGAUGAAGUAGAAGGAAAUAGAAUACUAACCCUUAUCCGCUAUCUCUUCAAGAUAACUCCUAGAGACCCUUCCUUCUCGAAAAGAUAGUUAGAAAGAAGGACCACUAAGAGCUAUCUUGAAGAAAUAGCUGAUCUUAUUACCAUGUAAAACAAGAACACCAAUGUUGUCAAGAAUAAUCACAUCCCUAAAUAAUAUAAUUAUUUAGUAAAAUAUGACCUCCUUGAAAAUUUUGAAUUCUAAAGUACAAUUACAAUAAUAUUGUAAUACUUAAUGUAGGUUAGCAUUCUAUUUACUAAUCACCUCUUGCAAUUAUCCAAAACAAAAUUGAAAACACCAUUGGGUUGGGAGGAUCCUACCUUGACCUAACAAUCGAAGGGUUGGGAGGGUCCUUGAUCUAAGAAUGGAAGGGGAGGGGUACAAUCAGGAUAGCUUGCCCUGGCUUGUGUUUGCCUAUAACACCAACAAAUUAGUAGUUAUUCCAAGAAAAUAAAAUUUAUUUCCAAGUUUUUUUUUCUAUUAACCCAUUGAAUGAAAAUGAAUUGGAUCAACUAUAUGGCACGCAUUCCAGGAUAACCCAAAAUCAAUUCCUAAAAACUUGUAACCUUAAACAUUAAAACAAUUGUGAUAGUCUAAGGUGUCUAUAUAAUUGUGAUUACUAAGGCAUUUAAUAAUCACUUUCUCAACAUUUAAUUUUCCAACUAUUUUUCUUUUUCCAAAUUUACAGUCUCAAUUUUGUUAAAACUUUGUUAUCUCUAAAUUAAGGUAACUUGAAUGGUUUGAAAUCUUCUCUCUCAAUUAAGAUUAAGUAUCAAACUUGUGUUUAAGACUGAAUGUACCUAUUGUAGCUUCAUUUAAAGAUAUCAAUUCAUUUAAAUUACCAUCAUUGAAAGAAAAAAUACAUUGGCUUUAGGCAACUU